AUGGAUUAUGUCCAGCCGAGUCACCUAUAUACUCGGAUCUUGGAAAACCUUCCCUGGAAAUCCGGCGACCCGAAUGCCAAGGGCGACCCAAGGAAAAGUGUGAAAUGGAUUGAUGGCCUGAGAGGUAUUGCUUCAUUCCUGGUGGUGAUGACCCAUUUGGCCCGAGCAUGGGAUUACGAUCUAUUUGCCCCGCGUGACGAUGUAGAUCUUCCUCCACGCAUCUUGCAGUGGCCCGUUUUCCGUAUUCCCUGGCAGGGACGUCUAGGUGUUACGAUCUUCGCCUUUCUGACAGGUUAUGUCUGCGCCUUGAAGCCCAUGAAGCAGGCUCGAAAUGGCGACCACCUGGGUUCAUUCACGUCUGUCGCUAAAAGUGCGUGGCGUCGUCCGCCUCGUCUCAUUUUCCCCGCCACCAUCGCCUUGAUCAUCUCGUGGGUGAUGGCUCAGUGUGGUGCCUUCAUUGCCGCGAACCGGUCUGACUGCUGGUGGUGUCGUUACGCCUCUCCCGAUCUGGAGGACUCUCUCUGGAAGGAAUUCAUCCGCCUGUUUGAGAACUUUUUGGGUGUGUGGACUACUGGAUACAUGGCAUAUGACGAUCACCAGUGGGCCCUGCUGCCAUUGCUGAAAGCUUCCAUGCUUGUCUAUGUUAUGAUUUGUGCUGUUCAGUUUGUCAAAUUCCGAUGGCGCUUGGGCAUUUACCUCGGAAUGCUCUUGUACUUCCACCAGGACGCCGCCAAGAACACUGAAACAUUCCAAAUGCAAGCCAUCUAUGGCAUGGCUCUUGCAGACCUUUCCUACGAGAUGUCCUUCCGAGAGUUCAUCGAAAAGCACAAAUGGCCUCGCAGAGUCCUAUGCACCCUCCUCGUCUCUGUCGGUCUGUUCAUCUGCUCCUACCCCGGCGAGCACCCAGAAUGGGCCACGUGGUCCAACUAUAUGUUCGAGCUCGCACACUACAUCUUCCCCCCCGAUGUCAACAUCGGCAAACGCUACUCAGCAAUUGGAGUCGACCUCAUCAUCUUCGCAAUCUACAUCUCCCCCUCAACAAAAGACUUCCUCUCUAACACCCUUCUCCUCUGGCUCGGUAAACAAAGUUUCGCCGUCUAUCUCGUCCACGGUACCCUUCUCCGUACAGUGCUGUGCUGGAUGCUCUACGGCAUCACUGGCCAGCCCUGGGAUGGUUAUCCAGUUGAUGGAAAUGGCCAACCUCUCCUAGAUGAUAAUGGUCAACCACUCGAGCCACACUGGAUCCCCAUCCGCCCGCCCUGGGUUGUGGCCAUCUCAAUCCCAGCGUGGAUUGCAUUGGUCUAUCUAUGUGCGUCCCUCUGGACAUCGUACGUGGAUCCCUUCUGUGCGAAGAUGACGCACAAGUUGGAAAAGAUCAUGUUUGAGCAGGAUGAGAAGUCUGCGGAAUCUCUUCCUCUUAAUUCCAUGCCGAUGACUACUGCGUAG